AUUUUAGUUACUACCUCUAAAACGAAAUUCAGAAUUUUAACCUUUGCUUUAUUCAGUGAACACUUGUUGUGUUGUCUUAAAUUUAAACACAGCCGCUAAGAAAAUCGGCCCUCUUUACGGUGCCAAGAUUAAAUCUUAAACAAUUAAUAAUCAAAAAGGAUGUAAUGAGUUGAAUCUUCUUUCCAGAAAUUCACGUAAAAGGUGCUUAUUGAAGACAUGACCUCGGUAUCCUCAAUGGUAAAUCCAUCCAUCCAAAAGAGAUUUUAUUUAUCUCAUUUAGAAAAGAUCAGGUUUUGUGACCUGCUGCCAUGGAUGUAUCCGAGCGACUCGUUGCCUGGCAACAACGCUGGGAGAACAAGCUAUUAGCACAGUUAUGAUUUCUUUCAAUGGUUUAGGCUCAAUUAACUUCCCGCUGCUGCUUCCAGACUCCAUAGUUACUGGUUGGUGGAAGAAUCGGCAACACUCCUCCUUCUGUUCGGCUUUUUCUACAUAGCUUCGCACAAGUAAGUUUCCCCGGCAGAAAACUUCAGUGGAUGCUGCAGGAGCCCGAGUAGAAAGUUGUUGAAAUGGUGGCCCCGGGAGAGGAGACGAGAGCCACGGCGGUACUCCUUCCUUCCGGUCCUACCCGGAGUCUGUUGUCUCAAGAGAACGGGACGUCAGACGGAGAGACGCUGGGCCAGCAGAAUUUGUUCAAGCAGGAUGGGAAUCCAGCUACGGACCAGGAAAGCAAGCAGCGCGCGUUCACUCAUGGCCUCCGUCGCCUGUGGCAUUUCUCCUGCGACAGCCCCGUGCGUUUCGUGACGUAUUCCGACGCCGACGGAGCUUUCAUUAGCCUCCAUUCAGACAACACGGCUUGCUUUUACAGAGCUGACGGCCACAAGCGAACUUCCCUCGCGCGCCUCCCUUUCACGGGCCUGACCGCCACAAAGGUCGACGGCUGCCUGGUGGGUUGGGGCCCGGGGCCCGUCUUCACACUUCUGGACCGCGACUUACGACCGCUGGACGCUGCUCCCGAUGCCCUGGACAUCCGCUUGUGUCAGGCUGCAGAGCACUGCACGGAGUUGGUGACUGCGGGCGCCGGGAACGUGUGCGUGUGGUCCGUGGUGCUCAUGAAGUGCAAGGUGAAGAUACGGGGGAAGCUGCGGCGCAGCACCUUCACUCAGUUGGCACUGGCAGCCCCCCGAUCAGGCAGGCCUCACAGGGCCUUUGUGGCGUGCGGGGCGGACGUGACGGUGGUCGACCUCAAUGCCGGGAAGGUUUCGGAGCACAGGAGGGAUCUCUGUUCGUGCAAUAUCACUGCCAUGGUGUACUGCUCUCAACUGGACUGCUUGAUCACUGCAACUCAGGAGCUCUCCAUUAAAGUAUGGGGUCCAGGUUGGGAACUUCGCGUUGCUUUUGUUGGACAUAAUGGUGUGGUGAGCUCUCUGUUCUACUGCUCUGCAUGGAGCAUGCUGUUCUCCGCCUCUGAGGAUUCCACGAUACGCAGCUGGGACGUGGCCGAGGGCCGCGGGGUCGAGUGUGUCCACACGGAGCAGAAGACCCCCGCGUUGUUCAUAGGUGGCACUAAAAAGGGAGAUGCGUUCUCCUCGUUCUCUCACAAGGCGGUGGAGCUCUGGACCAUCAGGGCCUUGUACACCCUCCACUGUGUUAUCAAACGGGAUGAACGAUCCCCACUGAGACAAAUCCUAGCUUCCCCUCUUCCUGCUCCUUUCCCCUCACGCGUCCUCUGUGUGAGCGGGGACGGUGACAUCACGCUGGUGGCCGCGGGAACGGGAGCGGUGUUGACUUCUUUCGAGGCGACGCAGAGGAUCACGUGCGCCGACUACUGCCUGCAAAGAGAGCUUCUUCUGGCUUUGACUGACACAGGUACGGUGCUCCUGGCCAACACACUCACCAAUCCAAUCGCUCUGAUGCACCAGUGGAAGGAGAGCGGCCAGGGGCCCUGGCAGCCGACGGACCACGUGAAAAAAGCCCAGAAUCCGCCUAUCCCUGGCCCGGCUUGCUGCCUCGUGCUCUACGGUUGUGUGGCUGAAACACAGAAAGCUUUUAAGGAGUGGAGGAGUCUGCGGGAUGGAAGGGGAUGCGGCCACACGAACAAAGCAGCGCUUGAUGAUGCCAAGAAUAAGUUUGUGAUCAUUCUGGGCCAAAGCGGAGGCUGCGUGAGUGUUCUGGACAUCGAUAACGGGGAAGUCUUGUGGAGGACGCAGGCACACAACGGUCAGAAAGUCACCAAAGUGCAGGUGUAUCCCGAGAACAACUGCCUCCUCUCCGCAGGCGAGGACAUGACAGUGGCGGUGUGGCAAGUAAACCUCCAAAUCCAGGACUGUCUCAGCCAACAGCUGAGCGUGCACUGUGGCCGUCCUCCCGUCUACCUGGCAGCGCUGGGGCGCCACUUGGCCUUGACCUCUCAAGAGCCCAACAGCGGCACCUACAACCUGAUGCACUUCAACUUACCCAAGCAGAGCCAGACCGGUGGCCGGCCCGGUGAAGGACACUCAGACCACUUCACAGGAUUGUGUGCGUGUACUGAUCUGGACGUGUUCGUCUCCAGCAGUCUGGAUGGAACACUGUGUAUCUGGAACGAGAGGAAUCACCUCAUCAGGACGCUGCAGCUGAAUGCGGUGCCCGAGUGUCUGGCCUACUCUGGGUUUCGAGGGGAACUGUACCUUGGCAUUAAAGGGGAUCUGUACCGGAUGGAUUGUGCAGAGUUCCUGCCACACUACUAUCAGCAAUUGCUACUUUACACUUAUUACGUCAAGCCUCCUCCUGACAUGCCUGUCAUGGAGACUAAAGACGAGUCCAGCAAAGGAAGGACUGCAAGCACAGACAAAGAUGAGGAAGAGCAAUUGCCGGCACUCGGCAGCAACGUGUUACUGACUCAUGAUGUGACAAGACAGAAGGAGUAUGUAAGCUCAGUGGCCCCGGCGAUGGACCUUGCUGCACUCCUACAAAGCUCAGUAAAAUGCCAAAAAGGGAAGCCCCCCAGCACAAAGGAAACCAAGAAAGAGGCUUUUGAUUGCUAUAUGAAGAUACUUUAUGGGUUACCCCACAAUUUUAAGAUUGAUUUGGAGGACAAGUCUGACCCAGAUGAAUUUGAGAUAGACUCAUUUCAUCCUGAACCAUAUAACGUUGAGCGUAACCUUCCCAACUUGGAUGUCCGCCCAAAACUAGAGAUUGUGAAGAAAAAGAAGGAGAAAAAGGCUCCAGUAGCAAUCUCCAAACUGAAGACCCAGAUUAAAGUAAAGCCGCUGCCGGUUUCGGCCAGGAAACCCGUCAUAGCCAGGAAACCCGUCAUUGUGGAGUGUGACGAGCCUCCGGUGAGAACCUCUUCAACUAAACAACCCAAACCCGAAACACCUCCUCCUCCUCGUCGCGAGACCCCUGCAGCACCGCGGGAGCCCGGUCCCGACAUGCCGACGUUCCUCAAGCAGUUUGCAGACAAAGGCUGGUUUAAAGAACUGUAUCCUGAUAAAAAGUCUGUCCCGAGCAGCCUUUCUCCAGACGACUUCUCCUUGCAGCUGCUGGGUUGUCUGGACACCCGCAGGACUCCGAUGGAGAUCCUCAGCGCACUGCAGGCUCUGCACAGCCAGGGACUCUUACACAACACAGACACAAUCUACAAACUCCUGAUGGACAUGGUGCCCAAAUUUGUGGGGCCACACAUGUCUGCUGUGGAACGGGCCGCGCUGGUUGAAAUCUUGAAGCUACUCGUGUGUCUCAAGUCCGUCAGCUACGAGUUCGUGAAGAUGCUUCUCACACUAUUAGCGUUUAAAAACCUCGGCCUUCGAGAAACCGUGGUGAGAAUGCUGCCUGGCUUAGCCGUCCACGAGGCGGAGCGGUGGCUGUGGCCUGAGCUGGAGAGCUGGGACUCGGGGCUGCAGGACCAGUCUGACCUCUGGACAAGCCUCAACGACAGAGUGGGCACUUGGCUGGAGUUCUGGAUUUCCAAACACAACGAACAUAGAAGGGAUCUCCACAUCAGGAGCCCGGAGAAGUGCGAGGGGUCAACCUUCCGCAUGGUGGAAGUGCUGAAUCAUUGCUGCUACGCCCAAAAGGAAGAGCACAGACGGGCUCAACACGACGCGCCCGCCGCUCGCAAAAACACUGUUCUUUUGCCCCAAUCCGACUGUAGUUCUCUACCGAUCAUUCGUCUUGGGGAGACUUACAGCAUGGCCCGGGCGGGGAGGCCCCCGGGUGAGACUCUGCCUCCGCUGAGAAACCGUCCCUUCCUCAUGCACUUUCCUCAUUUUAUCUCCUUGCCGUUAACUCGGAUCACUCUUCUUCCCUUUCACAUCUGCUCAGAGGAGCGGGCGAAGGCCUUGCUUCGCCGCUACUUCAUCCAACAGCAGUCGCACGUAGAGUAUUACAGAUGAUUCCUCUCGGUCUGCAUAUGACAUAUAUAUGGUUUUAGUAUUUUACAUAUAUUUUGAAAUGAAAAAACUCUGCUUUAUGAAUGAUUUAUUCGGUGACUGACACUAUGUAAAUACAUCCAUGUGUUAAAAAGGUGAUUAGACAUUUGUGUUUCCUUAUAAUUGAAGAUUUAUAACGUCUGGAACGAGGGGAAAAAAACAUAAUUCUGGAUAUUUUACAACAAUUACAGCAUGACAAAUAUGUAAAUUAGAAAAGCACAGAGAAAUAUUUAGUCAUAUUUUACUUCAAAUAAGUAAAAUAUGACUAAAUAUCUUGCAUUUUUGUUAUAUUCAUUUCCUUGAUUGAGAAACUGAGCACACAAACGGAAGCCAGUGUUACAACUUGUUACAUGUAUUAUCUACAUAUAUACUAAAUAUGAAUUAAGUGACAGCUGUAAUACCAUCUAUUCCGUUGAAGUGAUCAUAAAGCAAUUUUGAGUACAAAAUCAUUUAUAUGUGAGCUUUAAUAAAGUAGUUUCAAAGCA